AUGUUUUCGCCACAAAUAAUUGAAAACCUAGAUAAUUAUUAAUGCUGUUAUAAUCACAAUAAACCUAUAAGGUCAGUAUGUAUUGAACCUCAUUAUCCAUCUAAUAAGAGAUUUUAUUGUGAAGAAUGUUUUAAGGCAAUAACUAUUGAAGUCCUUUAAGCUAAAUAAAAUAAACAAUUGAAAAUGAGCUGA